GUAACCGCAUGCACAUUUCGGUUAAUUUACCGGUUAUACUCGUUUCCAAACACACCUAAAUUUAUUCACUUCAUUCUGCGUAUCACUACAAGUUACGUCUGGAGAUCAAUACAAUCAAGUCACUACGCUCAUGCAAUUCACACUUCACCUGGACAAUAA